AUGACCACCUCAAACCCACCCAAGCUCCAGGACCUUGCAAUCCAGAAUCUGCUACACAAUGAGGUCUCUGCCAUUGACUCUCUGCAGUGGUUGCCUAGACAACUCUUCCCACCACUGUUCAAGGCAGCCAUUGCCAGAAGAUGCAGCCAGACACUGAAGGCCAUGGUGGGCACCUGGCCCUUCUCUUGCCUUCCUUUGGGGGCUCUGAUGGCCCAUAGGCAGCCUGACCUGUACAUCCUACAGGUUACACUGGAUGGCCUCGAUGCCCUGUUGGCACAGAAGAUUCGGCCAUGCAGAUGCAAGCUCCAAGUCCUGGACUUACGAAAAAACAAUAAGAUCACCUUAGAGGACCUGGGGUAUGGAAUAUGGGCCAGGGACUGUGUGCGCUCGUCACAGGAACCAGAAGACACCCAACACCCUAGGAAGAAGCAAAAAGUAGAAUGUUCAAGGAUUGAGGAGCAGCUCUUGGGCCCCUUGCAAGUGAUGAUAGAACUGAGAGUUGCACAGUCUGGCCUGGAUGAGUCCUUGAACUUACUCAUUGACAGGGUUGAGCAGAGCAAAGGGCUGUUGCAACUGUGCUGUACCAAGUUAAGUUUUGAGACCAGGCUGCCCCAAUUUGAACUGACUGACAAGAUCCUCAAGUUAGUGCGGCUGGACUGUGUCCAGGAGCUAAUAGUAAGGGGUACCUGGGACCGGUCCACCAUGGCCAGCUUUGUUUUGUACUUGGGCCAGAUGGUGAAUCUGAGAAUUCUCCUUCUCUUUGAAGUAUCCGUAUAUUUCAGGUAUUCCCAGACACAGGCCCAAGAUCAGGAGAACCUGCUUGUCCAAUUCACCUCUCAGUUCCUACGACUGCACCAGCUCAAGAAACUCUAUCUGGAAGCUGUCAGCUUCUUGAAAGACAACCUGGGCAAGGUGCUCAGGAACCUGCAGACAUCCUUGGAGGCCCUCUGUAUAACUGACUGCUCCAUUUCCAACGUGGACUUGGUAUGCCUCUCCUUGUGCCCUAACACCAGCCACCUAAGAUCCCUGAAUUUGAGUCAUGUCAUCCUAUCUGACUUAAAUAUGUACUUCCUCAAAGUCUUGCUAGAGAAAACUUCAGACACCCUUCUUUUCCUAGAUAUGUAUGGCUGUAGGCUCACAGAUUCCCAGGUCAUCUGCCUCCUGCCUGCCCUGAGACACUGCACCCAACUCCUCAGAUUGAGAUUCUCUGGAAGCCCCGUCUCCAUGGCUGUCCUGGAGGUACUGCUGAGGGACAUGGUCCCACUGUGCAAGUUCCUCUUCCUGGAGUUUCCAGUCCCUGAGGAAUGUUAUUUGGACAACCCACCCGUGCUCCAUGAACAUAAUCUUGAUAUGUAUAUCGACAGGAUAAGGUUCUUAAUGCAUGAGUUCGGCCAGUAUCCCACCUCCAUAACUACUGACAAUGACUUCGAUUUCGGUUGUGACUCAAUUGCUGUCAUGUUUGACAACUGA